AUGAAUACACAAGAUGAACUGCCGCAUUCCCUCAUUCCUGAACCAAGGAGACGAAAUGAUCCAUUACAACUAUUACUUAACGGAAAGACAACAACGAUAGCAGGCCCCAUGGUUAGAUACUCUAAACUACCAUUCCGUCAAUUAGUAAGAGAUUAUAACACUGACAUUGUGUAUUCCCCCAUGAUUCUAGCGAGAGAAUUUGUGAGAAACUCAAAUGCUCGACUCUUUGAUUUUUCCACAAAUUACAAGGAUACACCAUUAGUAGUACAAGUUGGUGUCAAUAACGUUACUGAUCUUUUAAAAUUCGUAGAGAUGGUGGCACCAUACGUGGAUGCCAUUGGAAUAAAUUGUGGUUGCCCCAUUAGAGAACAAGUUAGAGAAGGUAUUGGUUGUGCCCUAAUUUACAAUGAAGAAUUAUUAAUUGAUAUGGUUCAUGCAGUGAAAAGGAAAUACGGUGAUAAAUUACGAUUGGAAACCAAGAUAAGAAUACAUGAUGAUUUACAAAGAACUCUUAAAUUAUGUUUGAAUCUUUGCUCCGUAGGUGUAGAUUGGCUUACCAUCCAUGGAAGAACUAAAGUGACUAGAUCAUCACAACCAGUAAAAUUAGAUGCCAUUAAAUUUUUGACCACUGGAAUUCAUGAAAAAUAUCCCGAUAAACCAGUAGUUGCCAAUGGUGACUGUUUCCACCUAGAUGAUGUAAAGAGAAUACAAGAGUAUACAGGUGUACAAGGUGUCAUGGCAGUAAGAGGCAUUCUUGCCAAUCCAGCACUAUUUGCAGGAUAUGAUAAAUGUCCCUGGAGUUGCAUUGAAAGAUUUUGGUAUUAUGCCAUUGAAUUUGGAGGAUUACCAUACCAAUUAAUUCAACAUCAUUUAUUUUGCAUGCUAGAAAAUAUGAAUAUAUCCAAAGAUUUAAUUAAAGAAAUGAUGAAUGCGAAAUCACUACCACAACUGCUAGAUUGGUUUGAUGAUCACUUUUAUUUGAAAAGGUAUACAGAUUCUAAUUUUGGGGAGACAGAGGAGAUUCCAUAUAGAUGA